AUGUCAGGAAGGGUCGACGAGCAGCUCGACGACUUUCUCUGGGGAAAGACCGAUGUGAAUGAUUACCUAAGAAAGUAAGUUUCUUAAUUUCCGGGUCAUUGUAAUAUUUCCGAAUUAUCAGAGUGGCCGAAUGUGAUUCUUCCGUGGCAGACUCGCUGAAUCGAAAAGUGGCCGGGCUCCACGAAACGCUCGACAGACAGCUCCGCAAGGGUGUCGAGACAAAUCUUCCACGCCUUCUGGAGCAGGUUCCGGCUCUUCAGGCGCUCGAAGACACUCUGCAUUCUGUUCAAAUGCGGAUGACUUCCGUCACCACCGAAUCUAAUCGGCUCUCCACUGUCUGUGAGGAUCUGACCACAAAACUACGGGAACAAACCCGCCAACUCGAGGCGACAAUGCUCAAAAGAAACAUGGCGGCGGAUGCUCAGAGAUGCGAGGAACUCUUCGAAUCGCUGGAAAAACGGAGCGAUUUGGUGAAGAAAGCAGAAAUUACGGCAGAGAUUAAGGAAAUUCUCACUGACAAUAAGAACCUGCGAAAGAUCGGAUGGCUCAGAAAUAUGGUGGACACUAAGUUGAAAGUAACGGAAAAUGAAGUCCGUCGAAGUGGAGCCGAAGAACUAAAAAGGGGACUGGCUUCUUUGAAUAGUUCGAUGGUGGCUUCUGCUCAAAGAGCUCUCCGAACCCUCAACUACUUGGACUCCGAACUGGAAGUGCUCCUCUCCUCGUCCGUGGUCGAUUUGGACAAGAAGCUGAUGGAACUGUCGAACAGUUCUCCGGAAGCGGCCAACAAGAGUCUUCCGGUGGUCGCGGCGACGAUCCAGUCACAUUUGGAACAAGCUUCGAUGCUCGGAGAGACAUACAAAAAAAAGUUCUCCGAAAAACUUGCCAGACUCAUUAGAAGCAGAGUUCCGUUGGACACUCCGUACGCGCUGAGAUUCGUGCAACAACUGGGAAGAGUGUUCAACUCGAAGGGAGACAGUUCUCCCGCUCUGAACGAUUCGCUCCGCCCACUCAAGAACUCUCUUCUCACACACUCACUCGCACGUCUUCAUAAACUUGUGGAAGAGCACGACUUCUCCACGGCGCACGCAAAUGCAUUCGUUGAUUUGAUCAAUUCGGCAAUGGAAGAAGAAUUGAGAAAAGUGGAUUGGGAUGUGGAAUUGAGCCAGAAAAUGAGCAGCAACAUCGAGAAGUGCAUUGAGAUUAUCGCGAAAAAGCUCGAAGCCAAUUUGCACUUGCAAAGAGAUGAUCUUCUUCUAGGUACUAACAGAGCUGAUAAUUAUAAUCCAAUCAUAUUUUUUCUCAGGAGACCGUCUGACCGCCAACCAAAUGACCAAUUACCGACUCAUCCAGACCGCCGAUGGCAUCCUCAAACGCUGGCCUAGUGAGUCGAAAAGUGUGGCCGGCGUGCAGAAAGAGACGCUCGACGCCAUCGUGGCAGAAGUGAAGAGCUCAAUCAGAGCGAUUGUGGCCAGAAUGCACGUGGAGACGCGUGGAAUGAGCCGGUCCGUGGCUCCGUACAUGAGCGAACUGCUCACCUACAUCAACCACAUCGACAUGCACAUGGCACACGUGUCCCGCGCAGUCUGCCACUCUCACGUCCUCUCCCAGAUUGCCGAAUACGUCAUCGGCUCGUUCGUUCUGAAUGCCACUCUUGUGAGAUCGUACGCUUCUGAUGAGAGGCAACUCAUUGUUAUCGACUUCUCCAGGUUUCAAUCCGAUGAAUCCACCGACUGAUCUUCCUAAUUUCAGACUGCUCGAAGCCGUGCGUUCAAUGGAAUGGCCGUCCAAGUACGGAGACACCUCACGCCUUCUGGAUCUCUUCGGAAGUGACGUUGACGCUAUGGCGAAUGUCGAGGGCGUCAAGAAGUCGAUCCUUGUGCAGCUGCUACUCUCUGACAGUCCUCCAGAAUUACCUCUUCCGAAUGAAUCCGUCGAAUGGACGGUAAAAACAGUUUCACUAAACAUUUCAUAAGAAUCAUCCCUUGUUUUCAGCCAGAAGAAUACGUGAAGUGGUACGAAGAGCACUCGGAGCAAGAGGCUCUCGCCCUGCUCAACGGACUCAUCACAUCCUAUAAUAAUUCGGUCAUCUCGCGUGGCCAACAACAAUAUGUGAAGCACUACCCGCGCAUUCUGCAACUUCUCCAAGACGCUUUCUGA